AUGAGACUCCCAUCAAUUUGGCCACGCGUUGGCUUGUUCGCCAUUGCCACUGCCCGCUAUGCAGCAGCCGCAACUGGCGGUUCGUAUUGUGGAACUUUGGUUUGCGUCACAGGAACUAUUAGUGGCUCCGAUACCAUAUAUACCCUCAACACAACGGCCUCUUUCGCAAACGUUGGCUGGAUGGCAGUUGGGUUUGGUGAAAGCAUGGUUGGCUCGCCGAUGGUAAUUAUGUGGGCUAAUGAAGACGGAACCCUUGUGUUAUCUCAGAGAGAAGCAACUGCCCACGCCCAGCCUCAAGUCGUGUCUACCCCUCCCCGGGUAGCCGCCAUCGCUCCGACCUCAGCACACUUACGGGUCGGCUGUGUCUUUUUCAUUCUCUGUUCCAAGCUCGGGGCAGUCCUCGGAGAGGAUGAUAUAUGCAUUUGCGUUUCGGCUACCCUGGCUCAGCACUCUGUCACCGGAUCCUUCACUCUCAACCUUGCUGGUACCGUUCCAGACUCUCCCUUGAUUUCUGCUUCUCCCGGUGGCACAGGCUCAGUUACCACUACUACGCUGGCGGUUCCAACUCAAAGCGGUGGUAGCGGCAGUGAUACACUCACCAUUCCGUACAGCGCCGCGGAGAGGAAGUUGCUCGCCCAUGGCAUCCUCAGCGCUCUCGGCUUCUGCUUCUUCCUCCCAAUCGGCGUACUCCAGGCACGCUUCCUCAGGAUCUGGUGGCCGACUUGGUUCAAGACACAUUGGAUUGUCCAGGCAGGGUUGGCUGGUCCCUUUAUUGUCGCUGGAUUUGCACUUGCCGUCAACGUAGUUCAGGAGGCUGGAAUGCGGCACUUUAAUGAUAAACAUACAAUCAUUGGAUUGGUGUUGUUUUUGCUGUAUGUUUGCCAAGCCCUUUAUGGUCUUAUCAUCCACAUAGUCAAAGAUCCUUAUCGUCGUCGCCGCCCCGCUCAGAACUAUGGACAUGCAAUCCUUGGAUUGGCUAUCAUCGCGCUAUCGCUGUAUCAAGUAUGGCUCGGCUUCAACCACGAGUGGCCGUCGACGACUGGUCGUGACCGGCCUGCUCAAGGUUUGAGGACCUUCUGGAUAAUUUGGGUUGUGGUUCUUGGAGCUGCUUAUAUUAUUGGCUUGGCCCUUCUCCCCAAGCAAUACAAGGCUGAGAGAUACGCCGUUCAAGACGGCGGCAAGAACGUAGGCUACUCUGCUUCUGACGUCAAUGUUCAUCCAAUGAGCACGCGUGGAGCUUAA